UAUGCCUUAUUCGUGAUGUUUAUUCUCAGAGGUGCUAAAAUUAAAUUUACUGACAAAUCUGUUUUACCUGCUAUCAGAGGCGGAAGGACGAAUAUACCCUCUCCUUAUUAUCCUAACAGUGGUCGCUUACCAUUCCAAGUUUCGCCACAAAUUAGUAAACGCCGAUUUCCAAAAACUGGUUAACAAGUCUACCUAACAGUCACAGAGGGUUCUUGAUGUCGCCAGCCAUGAUCAGCCGGCCGGCGAUGCUCUUUCUUCUCAUUAUCACCGUCGCUUCCAUAACCUCCGGUGCCCAAGCAUCAAGAUCUAUCGUGUUCUUGCCCCAGCCUAUAUCAUCCCUCGACAUAAUCAACACCACUCUGCCCCAGGGGCAAAAUGCACGCUGUUCAUUUACGGUAAGCAUAAGGACAAGCUGCUCUUCUCCAACUUACACCAGAGACCAAAUUAGUCUAGCCUUUGGCGAUGCUUAUGGAAAUCAGGUUUACGCACCGCGGCUAGAUGACCCAGCAAGCAGGGCUUUUGAGCGGUGUUCGAAGGAUACGUAUACAGUAUACGGUCCAUGUACGUAUCAGAUCUGUUACGUGUACCUGUACAGAAGCGGGUACGAUGGGUGGGUACCGUCUGAUGUUACCAUCUACGGCUACAACUCCAAAGCCGUCACCUUCACCUACAAUGUUAACAUCCCUAGAGACAUUUGGUACGGCCACAAUUACUGCCGUUCACGUGCUGUGAAAUCUGCAGGAAACUUGGGCUGGAAUUUGCUUUCUAUCGGUUCCACACUGUUGUAUACAAUGGCCGGCCUGUUUCGUGGCUAGUUUAUGGGCCUUUCGGUUUGUAUCUUAAUUGGGCCUUUUCUUCCUUGUCGAAAGCCCGCCUAGUCCAGUGGAUUUGUGGGUUGGCUUGAACAAUCAUUCAUGUCUUGUAAUAAAGUGAAUGCUAAUGCCACUUAGGUAUGAUUAGUUGGUUACUUUGGUCUAUUACGUUGUUAAAAUGCAAGACAAACUGUCGAUUUCGA